CCACACCCUUCCUCCAUUGAGUCUCCGCCCAUUCCCCUCCCCCUCUCAUUUGGAGUGUAUGCAGUGUGGAGUGAGGGGGUCUGGUACAGGGGGUGGCUACUGAACGAUGACUCAAAAGAGAAGAGAAGUGACCACACCUUUUUAUGUCUUGAUUAUGGUUUUGAAGUCUCCGUUCCUUUGAACCAUGUGAUGGUCCUUCCUGAUUCUUGUCGUGGGAUUGCUCCACAGGCUGCUCCCUGUAUUCUGUUAGGAAUGGACUCUCCUCCAAAGAGUUACACAAUAUUGAGACACACAGCAGCUAUACUGGGGAACAUUGCUUUUGAGAAGGAACUGUACAGAAGAGAGAUUAAAGUAACCGGAGGAGUCACUUUACUGCUGGAGUUGUUGGAUUGUCCUGAUGAUAAAGUGAAGGAGGCUUCAUUAGGAGCUGUUAUCAAUUUAACUCACUCAAAGGAGGUCUGUGUAUUAAUGAGACAACUGGGAGCUAUACAGAUAAUAACUGAACUCUGUACUCUACCUAAUAUCAGUAUUCAAAUAUCAGGACUGUGUCUAGGGAUCCUUACCAAUGCACUCAUUAAUGACACUGAGGAGGCUCUUGAGGUGUUUGAAGUGUAUCAUGUGUAUGAUAGACUGAUGAAGUGGCAAGAGGAGAAGAAGGAACACUGUGCUGAUAUAGAGGGGAUCAUUGAACAAGUACUGACCACCAUUAGUGGCUUGAGGAGUGGAAAUAAAAUUGUUACUGACGAUGAAAAACCUGGACUAACAUGGUAA